AUGAUCAUCAAAAAUAACUUUUAUACUAACAAUAACAAUAACUCUUUAAAUAAUAAUAUCUUGAAACAACAACAACAACAACAACGACGAAUACAGUUAUCAGCAUUUCUACAGAAACAAUGUAAAUCUAAUGGUGGUCCAAAAACAUACAAAAAGAAAUGGUGUUGGUUUCAAUAUGACACUGGAUUGCUGUACUAUCAUCACUCCGGUGCUAUCCCAGGUGGCAGUGGUGUUGGAAAUGGAAACGGUGAGACUAUCAAUGUUGGAUAUCAAAUCAAGAGUAUCCAGAUUGAGAAUUGUACUAUAGAACAAUCUACUACCACUAGAUUAGAGUUUGUACUGCAUAACAAUAACAAUGGCAGUGGUGGUGGUGUUAUUAAGAAACAACAGUGGAUUUGGAGAGCGACUGACGAACAGACUGUAGUUCAAUGGGUAGCCGGUUUGAACAAUUGGAAACAACGUAAUCAUGCACAAAACAACUUACAAAGAAGACCACCAAAUCCAAUUGGAUUCCUUAAUCAAAGUGGUUAUCAUGGUAAUGGAAGUAGUGCAGAUCUUGUUAAUGGAAUAUCACCACCUUUGUCACCGAGAUCACAGCAGUCACUUUCAUCUGAGAACCUACUUGGCAAUAGCAGUGGAAGUGCAUCCAGUACGGUGACCUCCAAUCUGAAACAGUCGAUUGCAGAGCAAUUCCUAAAGAGUCUAUCGAUCAAUUGUGAAGCUGGUUCCGAUCGCUCAAGUGGAAAGCAAUCGUUUGGCGCAGUAAAGAUUCGUCAGCUUCUAGUUAGACAGAAUCCACCAUUGGACUACGAUCAAACCAACCAUAUCCUCACAUUAAUCUACAAUCAAAUGUCAUAUCUACAAGAAUGUUAUGAUGAAAUACAAUAUUUCUCUGAUAACAAUUUCAAUAGUAAUAAUAAUAACAACAGUAAUAGUAAUAGUAAUAGCAAUCCAUUAUCAUCUUCAACCAUUCUUAAAAAUAGUAUUAGUAUUAGCAGUAGUGGUAAAUCUAAAUUAAAUCUAAGCGUCAAUAAUAAUAAUAAUAAUAAUAAUAGUAUUGAUGAAGAUGAAUAUGAUGAUCAAAAUAAUAAUAUUAGAGAUGAAGGAAUGUUUGCAUUGUUACCGGACCAUCUGUCAAUGUACAUCAUGUCGUAUCUAGACCCAAAGAGUCUGUUGGAUACUUUUCCAUGUGGUAUGAUUCCACUGCAUAUUAGUUUCAGGGUGAAGAAAGUAUCACCCUCAACAAGAAAGCAUUGUUUCAAGAUCAUUCAUGAUGGAUUACAGAGUUGUAAGCAGCAUCAAGGUGUUGGUGUAACCGUUGAGAGAAAGGAACCUUACUAUCUAUCUGCAGAGAAUGAAGAGGAGUGCAAUGCUUGGAUGACAAUCGUUCAAUCAUCUAUUCAAAAGAGUGAUAAGAUAAUACAAUCAACAACCGAUAUCAACCAUAACAAUAAUAAUACACCAAUUAAACAACAAGGUGGUCAACAACAUAGAAGCUAUACAGGUAGUAGCAAUGGCAAGAAAGGUCACGCAAAGAAAGUAUCGAAUUCAACACCUAUCAAUUUGUCAUCGCUUGCCGGUAGCUCCGAUAGUUCAAUGUCGCCAUCGACCUCACCGUUGAAACAAAGCAUUGAGACCAAACCGAUAUUUGGACUGCCUAUUGCCGGCUUGAUGGCAGAGCAAUCAAAGAGUAUGCAGCUACCGAUUCCUUAUGUUCUCUACAAGUGUUUCCAACAUAUCAAACUGAAUGGAUUGCACGAAGAAGGACUAUUUAGAGUCAGUGGAAGUGUUAUUGAGAUUGAACUGUUGAAGAACAAAUUCGAACAGGAUCCACCACUGCCAGAUAUCGACCUAACACAACACGACAUACACGCAGUCACCGGAUUGGUAAAGAGUUUCUUUAGAAAACUACCUACACCUCUUAUUCCCAGUGAUCUAGAUGAAUAUGCAACUGCUGUUUCAAUGGCACAAAGUCAAACACAAGAACAGAAAAUACAGGAAUACAAGUUUAUAUUUGAAAGUUUAGAUCCAGUUAUUUAUACGAUAUUUCAAACUUUGUUGAAUCUACUACGUCUGACCGUGGAGAACAAAGCGACAACAAAGAUGACCGAAGAGAAUAUUCUCAUCGUUGUAAUGCCGACACUAAAGUGUUCACCUGUUCUAGUAAAUAAUGGAAUGCGUUUCUACAGUCAAAUAUUCGAUAUAAAUAAUGAUAUACUAUCCGAUUGA